AUGAUCAUAACGCGACUCAAGCUUCAGAGAUCUCACUCAUCACGAGGUUAUCCCCAUCAAAGCGACGGCGAGUAAUGUGAGAGCGAUAAAGCUGGUCGUAGUAGAUGGCCUGCAUAUGAUAUGUGCCACUUCUAGUAUGCUGAUGAAUAGAAUAGAUCAUAACGGUCAUGUCGAAAUGCCCCAAAAAUUACAAACAGAAGACCUGACCGCCACGUCAAAAUGAAUUGCAAUGCCUCGGCCAACCAACCAAUACAACAUACAUCCUCUCAUCUAUCAUGACAUAACAACAUGCAGGAAAUGCGAUCGGCGUUAACACCGAAUUUCUAAAGCGCCGCUGGACGAUCGCGGCGAUAACUCAAUGCUGCAUUUUAUAUAUACGGUGAUCUACUUGCUAUGCAAAAUGAUUACUCAUUAUGCCGAUGACCUAGGUAUUGCUCUACGAUACUCCGGGCUUUAAGAUACUAUAAAUUGUGUAACUUUUCCAAGGUAGGGCAUCAGAAUGUAGGUAUCACUAACCACGACUUGGUAUAUUGUCAGUUUUGCCAGUGUUUAAGAUGUUUCCCAAAAUCAAUUUCUUAAGCGCAAUUUUGCCUCUCAGCGCAGCAUUAUCCCAACUGAGAGCUGAUCUUUAUAAUGCUCCUCCUAUUCCUGCAAACGCAACUCUUCCGGAUGGCUCUGUCGGAUUUUGGCAGCCUACUGUUGUCACUUUAAUAUCUGGACAGUCCGAGGCCGUACUUAUCGACACACUCUUUACAUCUGAUCAGGCCGUUGCUCUCGCUAAUUGGAUUGAGGACACGAUUCCCGACAAACGCCUUACCACCAUAUACAUUACUCAUGGACAUGGCGACCACUGGUUUAAUGUACCAUAUAUGAAACGGCGCUUUCCGGGUGUGGAAAUCGUUUCGACACGGAAAUCAAUCGAACAUAUGGCGACUCAGUUAACGCCGGAGUUUCGGACUUUCUGGCAUCAACUGUUCCCCGGACAAAUCGACGAGGAGUCAUUUCAGAUCCAAGCCAAGCCCCUCGAGGGUAAUAAAUUCAUGCUUGAAGGACAUACACUCGACGCUGUCGAUGUCGGCCACUCUGAUACGGAUGAAACGACAUUCCUCUACGUGCCUUCGCUGAAGAUGGCAAUCACAGGAGACAUCGUCUACAAUGAUGUACAUAUGUGGAUGGCAGAGUCCCCACUCCAGGGCCAGCGGGAUGCUUGGGUGCGAUCCCUGCAUAAAGUCGCAUCGUAUCAUCCUCACAUUGUUGUCGGUUCUCAUCAUAGGCCUGGAGGUGUAGACGGAGCUUUCAACAUCGACGCCUCGGAGCGGUAUAUUAAGACAUUCGACGAAUUAGUGCGAAAAUCCGAAAAUGCAGAGGAUUUAUAUAGCAAUGUGUUGAAGGCAUAUCCUAAUAGGAUAGGAAGGUUGGUGUUGUGGCUAGGUUGUCAAGCAGUCAUAUCACAAAAAGACCGGUCGACUCAACCGCCUCAUGGUAACGAGUUAUAAAAGUACAGUUAUUUGGCGUAGUCGGUGGCCUGACCUUGGGGUGCCGGGCAUCCCUUAUCGCUAUUUUACUGCUAUAAAGCAGACUUUGAUUAAUUUGGUACCUAAAUGCUUAGGAGGCAGGCAGGACAUUCGCUAUGCCGGUCUCACAUCAUGCACCAUGAGGUCUGUUUUAGGGUCGGGAGGGUGUGAUACAAAUGAUACUAUUGACGCCUUGGCUGAACUAGCUGGCACCUCUGGCGCUAAAUAUUUGGAGCAGGGGCUUUUCGCCUUCAGCUAGGGGCUCUACAUGUUUUGGAUAUUUAUCGUAGAAGGUGUAGGUUUCCAGAUAGCUUGAAUGAUCACUUA